ACGGUGUUCACGGUAAGAGCAGGAGAGAAGCAGCUCCAGGAUGAUUGCUGUGCUGCUGUUGGUGUUUGGAAUGACCCCUGACUACAUAUUUCCUGUCAGUGCUGACAUCCCUGUGGUCCCAAACUUUGACGCCCAAAAGACUGUCGGGAAGUGGCACCCCAUCGGGAUGGCUUCCAAGCUGCCUGAGUUGACUGAGUAUGAGCAGAAAAUAUCACCGAUGGACCACAUGGUGGAGCUUACAGAUGGAGAUAUGAAACUCACCACUAAUUAUAUGGACGGUGUCUGCAAAGAAGCAACUGCUAUGUUAAAGCACACAGACAAACCUGGUGUAUUCAAAUUUACCGGUGGUGAAAUCCGCAUGAUGGAUAUUGAUUAUGAAAAGUAUCUCAUUAUGUACAUGAAGAAAUCAACUUUUGAAGCCAUGUAUCUGUCUGCUAGGGGGUCGGACGUGGGAGAUGACAUCAAAGAAAAAUUCAAGAAAUUAGUCUUGGAGCAAAAUUUUCCUGAGGCACACAUCAAAUAUUUUAAUGCUGAACAAUGCACUCCAACAGCUGCUUAAUAGCCAGAUAUUCAUUCACAAACACAGAGAACCUUCGUUUGGCGUUGGUUUAAUAGCCAGAUAUGGCAUUUCUCCAUAUAUAUUCACACCAUCGGUUAAUAAUUAGAAGCACCCAAUCAUUUCUUUUUCUGAAUGGUGGAGACGAUGAUGAAUACGGAUCAAUCAACUCACCACAUUUCUAGCUUGUGUAAAUUGAUGCAAUCAGAACAACAAUGUCUUUGGGUUCCUCCCUCUCCUGAAAUUAUUUUAAAAAUAAAUACAUUGCUUAGAUCUUGA